AUGCUCAUACAAUUCCGCGGCGGCGUGGUCCCUCGGGAUCAGCUUGACGCUAAGCAUCCUGCCGGUCUCCUUCUCCACGCAAUCAUAAACCUGAACAGAGCCACCAGCUUCCCUGAUGCGUACCAGACCGUAGUUGACCGCAUCCAGACCGUCUCGGUGCCCUGCCCUGACAAUCGCCGGCGGCGUGCUCUCUUCGUAGAUGCGCCUGGCAGAGGAGCGCAACCUGCGCUUGGCAUCUUUUCCUAUAGACCUGGGCCUGAACCGCGCAUACUGCGUCGUGGCGGUUAUCGGCCUUAG